GGAGAAGAAAGAUGGCGGUCUCUCGGCCCGGCUCUUACUGCGGGGAAGUGAGCGAGCACCGGCGGACCGGUUAUGGACUUUAUGUUUAUCCUAAUUCUUUUUUCCAAUAUGAAGGAGAAUGGAAGCAAGGGAAAAAACAUGGUCAUGGGAAAUUGCUAUUUAAGGAUGGGAGUUAUUAUGAAGGCGAGUUCACAGAUGGGGAAAUUAUGGGCAAUGGAUUCAGAUACUGGGCGUCUACAGGGAACACUUACUCUGGCCAGUUCCUCUUUGGAGAGCUCCACGGGCAUGGAGUCCUUCAGUCUGCAGAUGGUUGGAAAUAUGAAGGGGAGUUCUCCUGUGGAAUGCAAGAAGGCCAUGGUUUACUGACGGACAAGGAUGGUCAAACGUAUCAAGGGUGCUUCCAUAAGAACCGAAAACAUGGAGGAGGAAAAAUGAUCUUCAAAAAUGGGGAUGAAUUUGAAGGUGACUGGAUCCUGGGCCAGAGGCAAGGUCACGGAGUGCUUCACUGUGCCAGUGGGACUGUGUAUGAGGGACAGUGGAGAAACGACACAUUCAACGGACAGGGCUCUAUAAUCCAUUGUUCAGGUGUCAUCUAUGACGGACUGUGGCUCAAUGGCUACCCUGUGGGGCAAGCAAAGAAGAUUGUGAUUUUGGGACCAGAGGUUAUCGAGACAAUGCCUGGGUCUACUCAUGCAUUUCAAGUCCAGCUGCAAAACGAGGAAGGAGAAGUUUCUGAAAGUGAGAGUGGUCGACUGCUGGAGAUCAGCGCUGGUAUCAGAGAAGGCCAGGUUCCUGCAGGUUUAGUUGGACAUUCUGGGAGGCAGCAAAUCAAAAGCUCUUUUGGAUCUGAGUGGAUUAGCUACCCUUCGAUGACUGCCACUUCUGGGAGACCGAAGCCACAAACUGCUCUGCCUGUUGUUGGCAAAACUGGAUUGAUCCUGCCUGAACUACCAAUAUCCCAAAGCGCCAUGGAGCCAGAAUCUACACCAAAACCCCCGGAUGGUGCCGGAGAUGCCCUUAUCAAUCAGGAUGAAAAAGAAAAUGAAAGAAGCCAUUUUCCACACUUCCAAAGAGUUGAGCACGGCUCUGCCGUUUUCGGGAACGUGGUCCUUGAACCUCUUCUGAUGGAUCCCCAACCUGCUACGCAGUCAGAUGAGCCACCCGAAAAAGAAGACCAAAAGCCAAGUGUCAGGGCCCUUGUGGAGAAAAUGACUGAUUCCCAGGAAAUGGUUGGAGAUUGCAGAUCUGAAGGGGCAGCUGAAGAAUGGACAAGGUUCAGGGCGAGCCAAGAUCCUUCAAAAGUUACACCAGCACCCCCAGGAGAGUAUGUAAUUAUGGUCCGUGAAGUGACUUCACCUCCAUUCCUAGGCCAGCAUCUCCCACCUGCGUUCAAGCUCUGGAGGGUUAUGCCAAACAGAGGGAAAAGCACGGGUGUCAGAAAGGAAACAAAACAAGAUACUGUCAAUUAAAGAAAAUAAAUUGAAAGAUGGAACACAACCAAUGCUCAGCUGGUCUUAGGGGAAACAUUUGCCCUGGAGUGCUGUGAGAAUUGAUUAUUAAUGUAACAUCCCCACCCUCCUCAACACAAAUAAUUUCUAAAUGAUCCCCAUAAAACUGGGAUCUAGGGUGUCUAUAAUAUGAGAAAGUCAGAACAAAGGAACAAAAAACGGAAAGCUGUUUCAUUAUCAUUUCAGUCAGAUAUUCUUUUAACGUGAACUAUAGUUGUUUUGUAUUACAUUAAUAUAGACGUGUGGUUCUUAUUCCUGUUAGCCAUUUUUUUGUAUCACAGCCGUGCAGUUUUGUAAAAAAACCUCUUUUUAUAAACCAGUGAGUUUGUGCAACAGUUUGGUCAUAUAACUGUGGACCACAAAAUCCAGCAAAACAGAUGGUCAACUAAUGGCCGAAAAUGUCCAUCACAGAUUACAUUUAUGACUGUUGCACUUUCCUCCCUUAAUAGCAUAUUUGCAACUAGAUAGUUUUGCUCUUAAAAAAAGAACUCUUGAUCAUCCAGUACAUUUAAAAAAAAAAAAUCGCCCACUACAAGAUGGCAAGUGGAAAACUGCCAACCAUCUUGAAAAGUGUCUCCUGUCAUCAGCAGAAGAGGAUCUGAAGCUGGGUUAAUUAUUCCAAAAAAAAAAAAAAUGAAGCCCGACUGAGCAGGCCAGAAAUGUAUCUGAGCAAUUAUGGCGGAGGAGGAAUGGUGAGUAGAUCUGUUUGGAACAUAUUUGUGUCUGGCAGCAGCUGGUGUUGGAGACGCAACGUGCUCCGCUGUGUUGGAUGAGCAGUUCAAGAUUCAAUAGUGCGUCACAGCAAAGAUAGCCAAGCGAGAGGGUCGAGCUACAUGCAGCAGUGGAGUCCUUCAGGACUGUGUCACUUCAGGAUGUGGCAUGGAGCAGGUGUGGGAGCCACACAACUGAAACCUCACUCAUGUUAACCUUUCCCCACCAGUGAAAGAGUUCUAGCCUAGCCUUCAGUUCUAGCUUCUGUGUUUUCGGAAGCAGCUGAAGACCUGGCUUUUUGAUUAGGCUGGAGGAGAAAUUUAUCAGAGCUGUGUAGUUAAAGGUGUGGAUUGGUCUUUUGUUUUCUGUGAUUGUAAUUUGAUUUAAUUGACUGU